AGUCCAGCGCUCAGAACGUAGCUUGCGACAUAGCAUUUACGCAACGCCCGCUCGCUACCUUUGCGCUGGCUUGCCUACUGGCCUUGUCGUUUAAAACCAUUACUGUAGCGGGCGCUUAACUUGCGCUAUCUGCUUGAGCGAAACGAGGAAGCUUCUGCACUCGCGUGAGGCAUUGCGCAGCAUCACCUCAGGCAUCACCAGUGAUGGCGGAGGCCCGCGGAGCCGCUAGCAGCGGUGCUGGCGCCACCGGUUGGGCCAGCAGCCUCGGAUCGCGCCUGGAUGUUGCAAGGAAGGGCCUGGGCCGGGGCCUAGCCUGGGCGGGCGGCGCGGCGGUCAUAAGUUCGUUGGCGGUGGUGGCUGCCAGGUUCCAGGCACAGCGGGCCGACCGGCAGCUGCCCUCCGAGUUCGUGCUGGAGCUGCCGCUGGACCGGCUGCACCUGGUGGACGCCGUGGACCCCAGCCCCUGGGCGCUGCUGAGGGGCGACACGCAGCAGGUGGAGCUGCCCAAGGUGGUGGCGGCUCUGAAGCGCGCGGCGGGAGACAGCCGCUGCCGGGGCCUGGUCACGUAUGUGGGGGCGCGCGAGAACCUGGGAGGUCUGGCCACGGUGCAGGAGGUGCGCGACGCCAUCUCAAACUUCCGCCUUCAUCUGGCAGCUGCGGCGGCAGGCCGCGGCGCAGGCGGCGGCGGCGGCGGCGGCUCGUCGGGCUCCUCCUUCCCCGCCGCCGUGGCCUUCGCGGCCAGCUUCGGCGAGGCGGGCGGCAGCGGCAUGGUGCCGUACCUGCUGGCGAGCGCGUGUGACCGGGUGUACGUGCAGCCCUCGGGCCUGCUCGGCCUCGUCGGACUGGAGAGCCGCGCCUUCUUCGCUCGGCCGCUGCUGGACCGCCUUCGCGCCGAGCCGUACUUCUUCGCUCGGGAGGAGUUCAAGUCCGCUGCCAACACCUUUCGCGAGUCGGGCCUCACAGAGCCGCAGCGGGAGAACAUGCAGGCGCUGCUGGGUGACCUGGCGGGGCAGAUGAUGUCUGCCAUGGCGGCGGCGCGCGGGGUGGACGGCGCGGCGGUGCGGGAGGCGGUGGAGGCGGCGCCGCUGCUGCCGGCGGCGGCGCUGCGGCGGGGGCUGCUGGACGGCACAAAGUACAAGGACGAGGUCCAGUCGCUGUAUGUGAUCAGUGACAAGGCGCUGGCGGAGGAGAAGGCCAAGCAGGGGGCCAAGCACAGGCGGAGGCAGGACGACAACCGUAUGGUCCGAGUGCCCAUUGACAAGUACAUCCAGGUGACGGAGCUGCAGGCGGCGGCGGCGGCCCGCGGCUCGGGCUGGCUGGCGGGCACCCCCUUCGAGGGCCUCAGCCUCCUGCUGCGGGGCCGGCUGCAGGAGACGGUGGAUGCCGCCUCCAAGCCCGGUGUGGGGCCUGUGGAGCAGCGGGUGGCGCGCAAGGGGCAGCCCAAGGUGGCGGUGGUCACGGCGGCAGGCACCAUCGUGCAGGGCCCCGUGCCGCCCACUGGGCCCGGCGCCAACCAGCAGGUGAUUGACGCCACCAAGCUGAGCGCUCAACUGAAUCAACUGCUGGAGGACCCGGACGUGCGCGCGGUGGUGGUGCGUGUCAACAGCCCGGGCGGGUCGGCGCUGGCCUCUGACUCCAUCUACCACGAGCUGCAGCGGCUGAGGGCGGCGGGCAAGCCAGUGGUGGUUAGCAUGGGCGACGUGGCCGCCAGCGGCGGCUACUACAUCGCAGCCGCGGCUGAUGCUGUGGUGGCCCAGCCCGGCACCGUGACGGGCUCCAUUGGUGUGGUGGCGGGCAAGAUCAACGUGGGCCGCACGCUGGAGGACGUGGGCGUGCGCAGCGAGGGCGUCACGGUGGGGCGCAACGCCGACAUGCUGAGUCCCUUCACGGGCCUGGCUCCGGAGCAGGCGGCGCAGGUGGAGGCGCUGGUGGACCACGUGUACGACGACUUUCUGGACAAGGUGGCCAAGAGCCGCGGGCGGCCGGUGUCGGAGGUACGGCAGCUGGCCAAGGGCCGCGUGUACACGGGGCAGCAGGCGUACGACAUCGGCCUGGUGGACCAGCUGGGGGGGCUGGAGGCCGCAGUCAGCCGGGCCAAGGCGCUGGCCAAGCUUCCUGAGGACGUGGCGGUGGUGGAGCACCCGCCGCGGCGCCUGCCGCUGCUGCUGCAGCUUCUCAAGCGGUCGGGCAUGAUGAACGGAGCAGGCGGAGCAGCCGGGGCCUCAGCGCUAGGAGGCCUGGGGGAGGUGGGCGCGGUGGUGGCGGUGGCGGCCGCCGCGGCGGGGCUGCCCGUGGCAGCGGGUAGCGGCGGCGUGGCGGCGGCAGCCGCAGCCGCGGCCGCAGCGGGCGGGCUGGGCGCUGCAGGGCGUGGCGUGGCGGAGGUUGGGGCCGCGCUGUCGCUGUUGGAUGGGGAGCCGCAGAUGUACUCGGUGGAUGCGGCACUGCUGGCGGCACAGGUCUAGGUGUAGCGCAGGAAGACUGGACGGAGACUACCGUGGUUGUGACCGGUGUGUGAGACCAUGUUGUUGGGAGUGCGUGUGCGAUGGGACAGUGGUAAGGCAGGUUGGUGAAGUCCCGUAGGGUGCAGCUGGUUCCCAGAACCCAGCAUGUUGUUGGGAGUGCACGAAGUCCCACUUCCUAUCACGUACCUCCUAGUUUGCCCGGCUAGUCCUGCCUCUACUUUGCCGCAGCGGGUAGCGGGUAGCUCUGUAUGCUAAGGGUUGCAAUGAUCUGAAACUCAUAUCACACGUUACAUGCACGAGGUAGGCGCUUGCGGCCUCAGACUGGAGACGUGGCGUGGGGUCAGCCCCCCUCCGUCCAGGCGCCGCGCCCUACCCGCACGGAGCGGCCACCAUCCAGUGACCUGACCGUCUCCGCCAUGUGCAUUUGUGACUACUUGUGAUCGGUGUUGGGGUGUAUGGGGGGAUUGGGGGCUAUCAUGCCGGCCGGCUAAGUCCGUCGACGAGGGGAGGCCGCUUCGGCGGCCCGCGCAACGCAAGCUUCUGUGAGGCAUUGCGCAGCAUCACCUCAGGCAUCACCAGUGAUGGCGGAGGCCCGCGGAGCCGCUAGCAGCGGUGCUGGCGCCACCGGUUGGGCCAGCAGCCUCGGAUCGCGCCUGGAUGUUGCAAGGAAGGGCCUGGGCCGGGGCCUAGCCUGGGCGGGCGGCGCGGCGGUCAUAAGUUCGUUGGCGGUGGUGGCUACCAGGUUCCAGGCACAGCGGGUAUGUGUGUGUGGCAGCACUGGAGGGCGGCAGACAGAAUGGCCGCUGCCUCCCUCCCU